AUGGAUCCUCAAGCAGCACUGAACGCGCUUCAACAGCCUCAACUACAGUCCCUCUCGAUCCUCACCCUCUCCGAACCACUCCUCAACAGUUCCAUCAACGCGCCCAAAUCACCUUCGCGUCGCUACUCCAAUGCCUCGCAAGCAACACAAACACCUUCAUCCCUCGCCGCGGACUUGACGCACUACCGCGAACUCUUCUCCAAACUACGCUUCUCCUACGUCGAGCAAGUCACCAAAGAACGCUUUCUCCGCAGCAUCAUCGCCGAAACACCCGAGUUUGUCUCGGCAGCAGACAAUGCCGAGUUCGAUGAAGCGCUGAAAGGUGAGAAAGCGGCGCUGAAGCAGAAGAAGGAGGAAGUUCGCGAGACUGUGGGAGUUCUGGAAGAACAGGGACGAAGUUUGGCGAAGCGGUAUGAGAAUGUACAGCUGCAGACGCGGCAAUUGAAGAAUCUACCAGCCGACAUUGCGUAUCUGGAAGCGACGAUCGAGGAGCUGCGGAUGAAACAGGAGCCGGGUAGUGAGGAUCCGGAAAUGCGAUUGAAUCUACAACAGACGCGACAGCUGCUCGAUGACAGACAGCGCGAGAUGAGGAGUGCUGACAUGGAGAUCGAGAGAUUGCAGGCGGCACUACCUGCCAAACAGGCUGAAGUCCAGAGACUGAGGGAUGAGCUAGCUCCCAUACAGAUGCGAAAGAUCAAGGCUGUGGAAGAGGCGCAGGAGGCGAAGAAGAGGCGGGAGAUGGGUGCUGGUGCAGAUGAGUUGGAGGAGAAGGGCAGGUGGCUGAGAGGCGUGGAGACCAGUCUGAAGGCUAUGCUGGAGGUUUGA